CACAAGCUGCCCCCGCCAGCCUCAGCUGCAGUAGCUUUGGAAGCUCCACGAGAAUCCUUGUAGUCCCGUGCGAUGUCAUCUCGGUACGACAAGGCAAUCACCGUCUUCUCCCCAGAUGGACACCUUUUACAAGUGGAAUAUGCCCAGGAAGCGGUGAAGAAAGGAUCCACUGUGGUUGGAAUUCGAGGUACCAAUAUAGUUGUGCUUGGGGUAGAAAAAAAAUCUGUUGCCAAGCUUCAAGAUGAAAGAACUGUGAGGAAAAUUUGUGCCCUUGAUGACCAUGUCUGUAUGGCUUUUGCAGGACUGACUGCUGAUGCUAGAGUAGUAAUAAACAGAGCCCGUGUGGAGUGCCAGAGCCAUAAGCUUACAGUUGAGGACCCAGUCACUGUAGAAUAUAUAACUCGCUUCAUAGCAACUUUAAAGCAGAAGUAUACCCAGAGCAAUGGACGAAGACCUUUUGGUAUUUCGGCCUUAAUUGUAGGUUUUGAUGAUGAUGGUAUUCCAAGAUUAUAUCAGACAGACCCCUCUGGUACUUAUCAUGCUUGGAAGAAGUAUACCCAGAGCAAUGGACGAAGACCUUUUGGUAUUUCGGCCUUAAUUGUAGGUUUUGAUGAUGAUGGUAUUCCAAGAUUAUAUCAGACAGACCCCUCUGGUACUUAUCAUGCUUGGAAGAAGUAUACCCAGAGCAAUGGACGAAGACCUUUUGGUAUUUCGGCCUUAAUUGUAGGUUUUGAUGAUGAUGGUAUUCCAAGAUUAUAUCAGACAGACCCCUCUGGUACUUAUCAUGCUUGGAAG